UUUUUCUUGCAGUUUAUAGUUAACUAGCGGUGUUCAUGAAAUCUGGGGUGCGACUGCAUUUUAAGGUCACAUCACCUUUGUUUCUACGAGGAAGUAAGCUACCUCAAUAUGAGCAAGAAGCCUUUGAGUGCCAUCGGCAAUUUGUGAAAUCGGGGUCAUAUCCCGGCCCAAUUCGUGCUGCCACGCCUGGUGACACGCGCUUUUAUAUAGGGGGUGUUGAAACUAUCCUGAAGGAAAAUGAACGUCAUUAUUGGCGCGCUGUUAUUGAUGACCCUCAAGUGCAGUUCCUGAUGCCUCUGCGUAUUCGAUUCAAAACGAAUGUAUGGGUAACUAGUGGAUGGGAGCAGAGGCUGCAAGUUGUGCAAGUAAUGGUCUCUAGAGAUGCAACAGUUAAGGAUGUGAUAAAGAGUGUGAUAAUCGAAAAUCAGUCUCCCUACCUUUGUACCAAUAAAUUUUAUUUAUCAAUCAAUGGUAAAGAACUAGAUGAAAGCAGAACACUUGAAUUUUAUGAAAUUUCCUCAAACACUCAAAUUGAUGCUAUCGAAGAAGCUGAUCAUCUUAUGCAUACAGAGUCUGCACGCCCAAAGGACUGGAAUGUUGAUGAGAUCACAGACGAUGAUGCAAGCAAAAGUCCAUAUAAGGAAAUGGGAAUGCAGCCGAGAUCUAAUCUUUCUCCACGCUAUGAAGGAAAACCAUCUGGGUAUUUUGGAAGGAAUAAUUAUAGUGGAAUGAGACAGACUACCUCCUAGUUAAAUGAGUGGAAACGAAAAAUUAUGAUUGGGAUAUUUUAAUACUAGAUUUAAAAAAACUCAAUGGAAUUAUUUACCUUUCUAUUUGCUUUUAUAAA